GUGGCCUAAGUUUCAAAGCAUCACAGCACCUAUUACAAAGCAGAAACAAAAACUAAUAAGCUAAGUAGAUACACAAGUACAAAAUGGAGAAUCCCAUAAUCCAACAAAGUUCAACCCAUGAUGAAUGGGAAAGAGAGAUAAAGGCUUUCGAUGACACCAAACUCGGUGUCAAAGGACUUGUUGAUAAUGGUGUGACCAAAGUUCCUCUAAUUUUUACAAAAUUUCGCGCAUCCAAAGCAUCGUCACCGUCAUCUGACGACGAGUUUCUUCAGGUUCCAGUGAUUGAUCUCGGACUUAUUGGAAAUUCGUCGAAAGAUACCGGUGGUGUUGCAAGAAAAGACAUCGUGACAAAGGUUCGUCAAGCUUGUGAAAAAUAUGGGUUUUUCCAAAUCGUGAAUCAUGGGAUCCCCCAAGAAAUUCUUGAUGAGAUGAAAGAAGGAACUCGUAGGUUUCAUGAGGAGCCAAAUGAUGUGAAGAAAGUAUAUUAUAGCCGCGACAGGUUAAAGAAAGUGAGAUUUACGAGUAAUUAUGACCUAUAUCAAGCAAAAGCAGCAAACUGGAGAGAUUCUUUAAUUUCUCUUAUGCUUCCUGAGCCUCCGAAACCUGAGGAAUUUCCUGAGACUUGCAGGGACAUCACGAUUUGUUAUUCAGAAUAUGCUUACAAAUUAGGCCUCACCCUAUUCGAGUUGCUAUCAGAGGCUUUAGGACUGAAGCCUAAACACUUGGAAGAAAUGGAGUGUGCCCAAGGAAUGUUUCUAUUAUCUCACUACUACCCAGCAUGUCCUGAACCAGACAAAACAAUUGGAAACAAAGCACACACAGACCCAAAUUUCCUCACUAUUCUUCUGCAAGAUCACACUGGUGGCCUCCAAGUGUUGGUUGAAAAUCGCUGGAUUGAUGUUAAGCCAGUGGAGGGAGCCUUAGUCAUUAAUAUUGGAGACCUAACCCAGCUUGUCAGUAAUGACAAAUUCAAGAGCAUCAAGCACAGAGUUUUAGCACCUGGUGCAACACCAAGGAUAUCAGUGGCUUGCUUUUUCACCACUAAUACUAUGUAUCCAACUAAUAGACUUUAUGGUCCCAUAAAAGAAAUAUUAUCAGAAGAAAAUCCUGCCAUUUACAGGGAAACAACUAUAAAAGAUUUUACUAUCCAAUUCGAUUUAAGACUUGGAAUGACCCCGACACUCGAGUAUUACAGGAUUUGAAGUAACCUUCCAUCCUCCAUAUAUAUUUGAAGUAUAGCCUUUAAGUAUAGUCAUAUAAUAUAUAAUAAUAUAUUAUAUAUGUGUGGUUGUUGUUAUGUUAUUACCCGUUUGGUAUGCUUGACAGAAUAAGGUUCACAGUUUAAAUAAGGUCUGAUAAUAUUGUAUUUGAUGUAAUGUAUGCUAUAUGAAGAAUAAAUAAAAUAUUUAUAAUAUA